AUGGCACCGGCCGCCUGCGUGCGUCCGUGCGUGCGUCCGUGCGUCCGUGCGUCCGUCCGUGCGUGCGUGCGUGCGUAUGCCUCCUCACUCGCGAGCAUCGUGAUCGUACCUGGCGGGGCAAUCCUGCCGCGGCACGUGUUCACAUGCCGCGACGCUCAUCUCGGAUGCAUCUCGGUGCAGGCGGCGCGAGAGGAUAAAGGGCGCGUCGCGGCCGCCCGAUGCGAUGCGGCCUGCCGCGAUGCGAAUGCCGCGGCGCGAAGCUUGAAAGCUGUCGGGAUAGCGGAAGCGUGUCCUUCGGUACGAGCCGACGACGGGGGACCGAGCAUGAUCGGAAAGUGCUUUACCUUCUUAAAACCGGAUAGCUCGGAACGCUCGCGAGUGCCUCACUCGUGUUUUUACGCUUGUACGCUCGACCUCUUGACCGGCCGAGGAUCAUAA